GCUUAAUCGAUUUGUUUUGUCAUUCAAUAUCUAUAGUUCAUUUUUUUAAAUAAUCAACUGUCAGUGUCAAAAUUCUGUUAAAGACCAGACUGUAUCACCCUAAAUGUUUAUGACCAACUACUUUUGAAAUUGCUGUAUUCUGUAUUUGACAUUUUGACCACCAGAUUUGACAUUUUUGAAAAUUGGACGAUAGUGUUAAUCGUUAAUUCGUUAGUCUAAAGGUGGUCUGAAAUAACUAGAUGUGUUGUUGUACGUGCUUUAAACUGGAGACAACUUGAAAAAUUUGGAAAUUGAAUUUUCCAAGUAAAAAAAUACAUUAACCUUAAUUCAAAAAAAUUACUAUCUAUGAUAAUGCCAACCUGACAGCUCUUAGACAGUUGAUUAUAAAAAAAAUCGACUAUAUCUUUAAAUUUUUGCUAAACCAUUCCCUAACCCGCUGUAUACAUUUCUCUAUCACGCACCAUUGAGUUGGUGCGCCAGUUUUUGGGCACCCGGUAUAAUAAUUAACUUGGUGUUUUUGGUAGAAAAAAUAAACUUGAAAGUGAAAUGCAGUUCGAUAAUUAUUAAUAGAGCAUCAUUAAUAUCGCAUUUUACUCAUAUGAAAUUCAUUUUUAAAACAAGCGAGUUUUUUAUCAUCUCUGAUAUUAAAUAAUAAUUAAGCCACGGGCGACAAAUUUGAAUAUAAAAAUACAAAAAUCAGGGCAUUUGACAUCAGUUUGUUUCGAGUGCAGACAUCGACAGCAGCAAUGCUUACUAAAUCUUUUUACGUUUUGGUUUUCUUGGCCGUUGCCAAUGCUGAUCUUUUACCACACCCUGUACUUGAAACCACCGUUACCGGUGAAUCUGGUAGCAUCAGGGAACAAAGAGGUUUACCUUUUGUGCCUUUCCCCCCAUUUCCACCUGUAGGACACAGGUUCAUUUUACAUGGAUAUCCCGAACCUGUUCCUCUACCAUUAUUUCCGGUCACUUCAGUUGUGCCUGAAACGCCCGUUGUUGAAGCGAAAACAGUCGAGGAAUCGAAAGAUUCUGUAACUGUUGAAACACCAGAAGUUAAGAAAGUUGCAACACCUGUUGUGGUUCUCCCGGAACAUCCAAUUCAUUCCGUGUAUAGAUACCCGUACCCUUACUAUGGAAUUAACGGAUACUACAGAUAUUUCUAAAUUUUUCAUUCAUCAACUGACUGACAUAAAAGAAUAAUGAAAAAAUAAAGGCUUAUAAAAUGA